AUGGACAGCGAUAAUAUUCCAAAGAAAUCGUAUGAGGAUACUUUAAUAAAGAUAAUGAAUUCAAUCAUGUACAGAAUUAACGGGCUUUCUCGAAGGAAUGUAAAUAGAAAUAUUAAGGCUAGAGUUGAUGAGCAUAUGAAGGAUAUUUCAAAUUCUGGUGAUUUCAAUGUAUUGUCAAAUUCUCAGGGUUUAGCAAGGAAAAGAAUUAAAGUUACAGAUGAUAAUCUUAAUCAAUCUGUGGAACAAAGUCCAUGCUUAGGUUUAAAUUUUUCUGAAUCUGACACUUCUGAUUUUAAUAUACUUAGCGAUUCUUAUUCCACAAGCAGUGAAAUUGAGGAAAGCAUAUUAAUUAUUCCUGAUAAAAGUACUUAUGACAUGGAUCUUCAGAAUCUACAUUUGUUAAAAAAAUAUGUGGUGGUGAUUUUGGUUUAUUUUGGAUUACGCCCUGCAAUUAAAGAAAAAAUCAAGGGUGGUUUAGUUGAGAAUGCCAUGAUAUUGGAUUUAUCAUUCAACAUCGAUGGAUUACCAUUAUACAAAAGUUCAAAUAAACAAUUUUGGACUAUUCUUUGUAAAAUUGAUCAAACAUUAGAUGGAAGGCCUUUUCCUGUUGCAAUAUUUUGCGGAUCUUCAAAACCAACAAAUGUAAAAGAGUUCCUAUCUGACUUUAUUGAUGAAUUAGCAUCUCUGGCAGAUGGUCAAUCAGAUAUUGGCUAUCAAAUUAAUGUAAAAUCUUUUAUUUGUGAUAGUCCUGCAAGGUCAUUUGUAAAAUGCAUAAAAAAUCACAAUGGAUAUUUUGGAUGUGAAAGAUGUUGGCAAAAGGGAAAAUGGUUCAGUAGAAUGACUUUUCAAGAUUGUAAUUCACCUAAGCGCAAAGAUUCUGAUUUUUUAAAAUUUUCAGAUGAUGAUGAUAAUGAACAUAUCAGAGAUAAAUUGCCUCUUUUAAAAUUGAAUUUAGGUCUUAUCACACAGUUUCCAUUAGAUUAUAUGCAUUUAGUUUGUCUUGGUGUGAUGAGAAAAUUGUUAGUUUCUUGGAUUCGAGGUCCACUUGGUAUACGUUUAUGCAGUAGGGACAUAGAUAUUUUGUCAAAUAAUUUAAUCAGUUUUGCAAAAUAUAUUCCUAAUGAGUUGCCAAGAAAACCACGAAGUUUGAGGGAAGUAGACAGAUGGAAGGCUACUGAAUUUAGGAUGUUUCUUUUGUAUUUAGGGCCGAUUGUUUUAAAGAAUUUAUUAUCACAUGAUUGUUAUGCUCAUUUUUUGAGUUUGCACAUAGCAAUUAGAAUUUUAAGUAAUAAAGUGUGUAUAGCAGAACAUUUACCAUAUGCAAGACAACUGUUGUUGAACUUUGUAAAGAAAGGUAGAUCUUUAUAUGGUCCUGAAUUUUUAGUGUAUAAUGUGCACAAUUUAAUCCAUCUAGGGGAUGAUGUAGAAAAAUAUGGUCCGUUGGAUUCCUUUAGCUCUUUCCCCUUUGAAAAUUACCUUGGGCAAUUAAAAGGGUUGCUCCGCACUCCAAAUAAACCUCUUCAACAAAUAUAUAGAAGAAUAUUAGAGAUGAAAGAAUCAAAUAAUAUCAAUAUAGGUGAAAAUAUACCAGAAUUUCGAGUAGUUAGUGCUUCCUAG